UUGAAAGAUAUAUAUCUUAUUUAAACAAAAGUAUCAUACGACAAUAAUCUUAAUUUAAUUAAAAAAAAACUGAUUACACGUUACUCACUAUGGAAUAUACUCUUUGAAUAUCCUUAUCCCUUCUCAAAAUAGAUUAAUUGUCUGGCUUCUGGGUGUACAGUACUUUUUAAUUUGAUAUCAUUUCUCCAUGUUUUCAAUACAAAUUUGGUCAAAAUGGAUCUAGAUCGGGAAACCUAGAAUUAUUAAUGAUUUAAUAUAGCAAAAGGGUAGACUAAAAAACGCAACUUGCCAACUUCCCAAAAAUAAAUUCUGUAAAUUCGGUUGAAUAAUAAAAAGAUUAAGGGGGGGGGUGUAUUGAAUUGAGGAUUUUAAAGUGUUUUGGUAUUUCUUUAAAAUCUCCUGUUAUUCAACUAAUGAUUUCUAUUUUUUUCUUCAAAUCCUGUGUUAUUGAAUAUGAUAUUUAUCUAAAGUAGCUUAAAAUCACUUGUAAUCCACUGUUAUUCAAUUAACAAUUUACUAAAAGUAAAUCAAAUCUACUGUUAUUCAAUGAUAAACAAUUUUAAAAGAAAAACUUUAUGAAAUGGAUUUGAAACUAUUUUUUUUGUUAUUUUCAGUCAAAACUAUCGUUACACAAAUCCCACCAUUGUACCUGUUAUUUGGAAAUACCCAAAAGGGGGUGUAUUGAAUUGAGGAUUUUAAAGUGUUUUGGUAUUUCUUUAAAAUCUCCUGUUAUUCAACUAAUGAUUUCUAUUUUUUUCUUCAAAUCCUGUGUUAUUGAAUAUGAUAUUUAUCUAAAGUAGCUUAAAAUCACUUGUAAUCCACUGUUAUUCAAUUAACAAUUUACUAAAAGUAAAUCAAAUCUACUGUUAUUCAAUGAUAAACAAUUUUAAAAGAAAAACUUUAUGAAAUGGAUUUGAAACUAUUUUUUUUGUUAUUUUCAGUCAAAACUAUCGUUACACAAAUCCCACCAUUGUACCUGUUAUUUGGAAAUACCCAAAAGGGGGUGUAUUGAAUUGAGGAUUUUAAAGUGUUUUGGUAUUUCUUUAAAAUCUCCUGUUAUUCAACUAAUGAUUUCUAUUUUUUUCUUCAAAUCCUGUGUUAUUGAAUAUGAUAUUUAUCUAAAGUAGCUUAAAAUCACUUGUAAUCCACUGUUAUUCAAUUAACAAUUUACUAAAAGUAAAUCAAAUCUACUGUUAUUCAAUGAUAAACAAUUUUAAAAGAAAAACUUUAUGAAAUGGAUUUGAAACUAUUUUUUUUGUUAUUUUCAGUCAAAACUAUCGUUACACAAAUCCCACCAUUGUACCUGUUAUUUGGAAAUACCCAAAAGGGGGUGUAUUGAAUUGAGGAUUUUAAAGUGUUUUGGUAUUUCUUUAAAAUCUCCUGUUAUUCAACUAAUGAUUUCUAUUUUUUUCUUCAAAUCCUGUGUUAUUGAAUAUGAUAUUUAUCUAAAGUAGCUUAAAAUCACUUGUAAUCCACUGUUAUUCAAUUAACAAUUUACUAAAAGUAAAUCAAAUCUACUGUUAUUCAAUGAUAAACAAUUUUAAAAGAAAAACUUUAUGAAAUGGAUUUGAAACUAUUUUUUUUGUUAUUUUCAGUCAAAACUAUCGUUACACAAAUCCCACCAUUGUACCUGUUAUUUGGAAAUACCCAAAAUCAAAUAAAAAAUUGACCACACCUAUGAGAACAGAGAGAGAACAAGAAAGCGAGAGAUCAGAGACGAAGCUUUCCAGAAAAGUACUGAACUUUUGAUUCCCUCUUGUUCAUGAAUCAAUACCCAAGUCGACAAUUUUGGAAGCCAAAGAUUCGAUUUUGGAGUCUCUCAAACCUGAAGGGAGCCCUUUGAUUGUUAGAUUUGAUUUCGUCUCGAGCUUUUCGUUGGAUCCGAGAAAAAGGUUUUGUGCUCUGAAGAAUCUGAGGUUGAGCUAAGGCACACGUCGAUUGAUUUGUUCCUUUGGUGUUCUAUCAAAAGCUUUGGUUCACCCAAAUAAUCUUUGCUUCAACUCUCCAAACUCAAAAGGUUGAGGAAGUAUUCUUCUACGAGACUGCUUGCCAAGUAUGAAAGCUAAGGUAGUAGAUUAGAGCUUUGGUUCUGUCCUUCCAAGUAUGCAAGCUAAGGUACUGCUUGACAAGUAUGCAAGCCAAGUUACCUUCCAAACAAUGGGAGAUCCAAAAGACGUAAAAGGUAAAGGUCAAUACCACUCAUGGUCUGGACCUGAGCACAAGUUGUUAUUGAGGUUACUAGUGGAUGCAAUCAAUCAAGGUUUUCGUGAUGCCAGCGGCAAAUUCAACAAACUGACGGUCGAAUCCAGAAUACUAACAACUCUACAGCAAGAAGUUGGAUCUAAAAAAACCUACGGUCAGUAUAAAAAUAGGAUGAAAAUCUUGAAGGGUAGGUACCAAGUGUUUGCAGAUUUUCUUCGUUGUAGUUCUGGUUUUGGGUGGGACUCUGAAACGAAAAAAUUCACAGCAGAUGAUGAAGUAUGGAAGGUCUAUCUGCAGGCUCAUCCAAAUAAUAAAUAUCUGCGUGAUGAUUCGUUUGAAGAUUUUGAAGAGCUAAGGACUAUAUUUGAACAGAAUACUGCAACUGGGCAGAAUGCUGUGGGACUAGGUGAUUCUGUUGAUGCAGGAUCCUAUCAAUUUGAAGAGAACGAGAAGACAAAUGAUAAUAAUUUUGUCCACGUGAUAGAUGAGGGAGGAGGAAUAGAACACCAGCAAACAUGUGAACCUUCAUCAAGAAAAAGCAUUGGAGAACAGCUUUCACAUAGAAAGAAAGCUAGGACGGAUUCAUAUAACUCGGAAAGGGUUUGUGAGGAAGUUACAGAAAUCAGUAGCCAAAUUUUUGACAUGAUUCAGAAAAGAUGGGUGAAGGAAGCUGAAGAAAAAGAAGCUGAAGACAAAGCUAACAAUGUUUGGGAUGCUAUCAAGGAAAUUCCUGACUUGGAUGAUGAUUUGCGUUAUGAGGCGAUGACCCUUGUUCACACCUUAGGCAUGAAAUCUGGUUUCGUGAAUAUGUCCAUAACAGAUCGUUGUGGAUGGAUUAAAAGAAAUCUCCGUAAACCAAGUGGCUGAAGUAACAUGAUCGGAGUUCUAAAGAUAGUUCGUCAUCUUGGAGUUUUUAUUUCUUUAAAGUUGAGUUUUUAUUAUUACUUUAGCUAUGGUUUUGUUUCUUCUUUGCAGAAUUGUUAUGAUUUUUGUUCUUUAUAUGUUAUGGUUUUUGUUUUUUUUA